AUGGGGCUGGGGGAAGAUUCAGAGGAGCUUCUGACCGUGUUGACAAGGCUUCCCCGCCUUCGCACCUUGACACUCCAGGAGGCUCGCAGCUUGGACAGGCUAGUGGAGUCUGACGGUUCGUCAUUGCAGGAGCUACGACAGCUGAACAUCAGAACCAUGUAUGAAGAACUUGCAGAGCUGCCUGCGGCCAUCACCACUCUCCACCACCUGACACCCAUUCAAAUCCAUGCCCGGACGUUAUCUUCCCUUCCAGAUACCUUGGGGGCAUUCUCAAGGCUGCGCAAGCUGGACUUAUCCCUCUGCUCAUCCCUCACGCGUCUCCCUGCUUCCCUCACGCAGCUCUCCUGCCUGCGUUAUCUAAACCUCAGCUACAGCAGCAUCCGCAUGCUUCCUCCUAACUUUGCUCGGCUCAGCAGACUCAAGAAGCUCAAUAUCUAUAACUGCAAGCACCUUGAAGCGCUGCCUGACGACAUUUGUAAUCUCAGAAUGCUCGAACGCUUUUCUACUGUGGGGUGUGAUAUGCUCCAGCGUUGA